CUCAGACGCCAGUUCUUGGGGAGACGCUAUCCCUCUUAGACGUAGCGUGCAGACUCUGAAGCAUUUGCAAGCACUCAUGCACACGUAAACACUCGGUGUUCUCAUACUAGCAGUGCUGUUGUUUGGUGCUCGGUGGGUGACGACCAUCAUUAACAAUAUCAGAGCGGCACGAACGGGCCGUGUGUGUUCCCCGGAAUUCGUUUCUCGGUGCAGUGUGUCAGUCAUUCAGCAAGCGGCGUAGCGCAUGUGACCUGAGUGUUGGUGUUGAUGUUAUGACGUCAACGAGGUCAACGGAACACAGCGGAGGGUCAGGACAGUGAAGAUGGCACUCAUAAUGUGGCCCCGCAACGUGGACAGUGGCCAACUCACAGCUGAUCCGCUAAUAAAGAUGGAAAGAGACAGAAUGAGUUCCCCAACUGCUAGAGGUACGUUCGCUGAAGCCCUGGCCGCCAUCACUACACGGAGAGACGGCGCCGUGAACGGGUGCGAGCGGGACGACGUAGUGAGCGACUGCGGCAGCGACGGCGCCCACGACCACGCCCUCGACGACUCCAUGGACGGCACGCCGCCCGCAUCCGAGAUCCACCCGCCGCCCAACCGGCCGCGCUCGCCCACGCCCGUCGGUCUCCAGGGGCACGCCCAGAUGCAGCUUGUUCCCACGCCUCGGCACUUCCAUCCCGUUAUCAAUCUGGCAAGGGACCUGACCAGCCGCUCCAGCAACGGGGGCGGCGGCCGUACGCCCACCCCGUCACCGCCACCCAUGGUCGUCCCCCCUCAUGUACCGCCGCCCCAUCCUUCACCCUCGCCCACGCCCACAUCCGCCGCCCACACGCCCAUCAGCAGCGCAUCCUCCCCCACCUCGGCGCCCGGGCCCGCCCACUCCGUGCAGGCCGCCCUCGCUGCCCUGCAGGCCGGCUCGCUCUCCCUCAACCAGGUUUAUGUUGUUCUCCCAGUCAGGUGCAGCCUCUCAGUUGCCUCCUCAGGCUCAGCUGUUCCUUCAGAGCCAGCAACUGCAGUAUUUACAAAACCUCCUGCAGCAGGGUCUGCUGGCCUCGCCCGGUCUGGCGGGGCUGCAGGGUCUCCAACCACCCGUCUCGCAAGCGCCAUCCCAGACCGCGCAAGUGCGCAACGUACAGCAUGCCGUGGCCCAGGCUGCUCAGCAGUUGCAACAGCUGCAGAAGGCCCACCAGCAACACCAGCAACAGCAGCACCAACAGCAGCCCCCACAACAGCAGCAUGUCCCUCGCGAUGUCCGCGACCUGCGUGAUUUACGGGAUAUCAGGGAUAGCCCCCUCUUCGGCCCCCACCCCUGGAGCCUCCCCACGUCUCUGGCUCCCCCAUGGCGCCCCACCUCACCCCGCAUGGCCACAUGCCACGCCCUCCGGUCUUACCUCACUCCCCGCCUCCCCCCCGACACUGGGAGCCGCCCCCGGAGGAGCCCACGGACCUCGAGGAGCUGGAGCAGUUCGCCAAGACGUUCAAGCAGCGACGCAUCAAGCUGGGCUUCACACAGGGUGACGUGGGUCUUGCCAUGGGCAAGCUCUACGGCAACGACUUCUCCCAAACCACCAUCAGUCGUUUCGAGGCUCUCAACCUCUCCUUCAAGAACAUGUGCAAGCUGAAGCCGCUGCUGCAGAAGUGGCUGGAGGACGCGGACAAGACGGUGACGGACCCCACCACCCUGAGCAACCCCCUCACCUCGCCCGACAACGUGGGCCGCCGUCGAAAGAAGAGGACCUCGAUCGAGACGAGCGUGAGAGUGGCGCUCGAGCGGGCUUUCCUCCAGAACCCCAAACCGACCUCGGAGGAAAUUGCCAUGCUUGCUGACAACCUCUCCAUGGAGAAGGAGGUUGUCAGGGUCUGGUUCUGUAACAGACGCCAGAAAGAGAAGCGAAUAAACCCUCCCACGAGUGGCAUGGUGAGCCCGCCGCUGAGUCUCAGCAACACCUCGGUGUUCAGCACUGUACCCAUCUCCUCUGCCCUCACCCUCACCAGCCUGGGACAGCCCCCCCUCUCCCCCGUGGGUCCCUUGCCGUCUCCCUUGUCUCUGGUCACUCACAGCUACCCUCCAGCAUCGCCACCAGAGUCUGCUUCCACAAAGUCAGAGUAGGUGGGUGCCCGGGCUCCUUGCGAGGCUCUGAGGCCUCCCAGGGCAGCCCCCUGGCACCUACUCUCCCCUGCCACGCCCCGCCCCUCUCGUGCAAUGCCUCACCCCUUGGGAGGCGGGGACCUGUGGCUCUACGGGGCACCCCAGGAGUAGCACCAGGAAAAGCAACAUUGCCGCCCUCCCUCGCGGGGGGAACCAGCGCCACGAGGACGCUGCGUCGAGAAACGGAAUUUUGAGCUCCAGGAGGAGGAUCCUGUGUCAUUGUUGUUAGUGUGUAUGUGUGAUGGUGGUAGCCUGGCUGCCACGGACUCACACGGGUCUUGCAAGCCUCACCUAGCCAUGGCUGCCAGUAACAGGCGUGAUCAUAUCAGUGUGGCAAGGAGGCGGCCUCGGCGGACCGCGCGGAACAUGGGACAUUCGCCGCCACGCCCAAGUGCCACUCGGUCGCAGACACGGGCAGAGCCUGGACAUUGCCCCGCAGGGCGCCCGCCGUUACGGCAAGUGCAGUGCGAGAACUGACUCCAGAAGGACAGUGAGUAGGCGCUAGGGUGCAGCGGGCUCUCAGAGGCGCGAGUGCAUUGCGUUAAGCGGCAGCGUGGCGCGCGGUCGGGCCAGGGCGCUCCCCACGCAGAACCUAACCCUCGGGCGGCGGCGAGGUGCCCCACUCUCGCUCUGUCUCGCUCUUAAGGUCUUAAUCUGUCAGCUGUGUCGUUAACAAAGUCUAACUAUGUCAAGAAAACGAGGAAAAAGAGAUUCUAUUACUUUUGAAGUGAAACUCCGGACGGCAAGACAGUGGGGGGCCCAGCCGUGGCCUCGAACGUGAAUCUUGGCAGUAGUUUGUAAGCGGAACGGGGUACACCGGGAAAGUGUUUUUAUGUGUAGUGGUUAGAUAGAUGAAUGAUUUCUGUAUUAUCAUUGGAAUACUGUCUAUGUGGCUUAUUUUAUCUAUGAGUACUAGUGUAACAUUCUAGUAAUGUCUACUUAAACAAUCUUGCCUAAUUCGAAAUGAAAGUUCCUGCAUAUAAAAUGAAGUACGUAACUUUUAAGAUACCUCAGCCAAACAGUGGUGUUUGUGGGGCGGUCGGGCGCGGUGAGGCUGGCCGAUUCCUAGCUGCAUUUUUACUGUUGUAGCCUCAGAGCGCGAGGUCCCAGCGCCGCCCCGCCCGCCCGCGCCCACGUGUGUUCUCUACUCCAACGUUGUGAUUGUGUAGUCAUGGAGUAUACUUCCCGUGGAUCCAUUAUGUUAGAUUCUUAAGGGCUUAGUGUAU